UGUGAGCUUGUUCGAGUUUACAUGUAUUGUAGGUACUCAUUUACGAGAAAUAAGGCCCUAAGUAAAUUGGGCACCAUGAGGUCCUCUUUUCUGUGCCUCAUUUUCCUGUACCACGCAAUUUGCGACCUGCCUAAAACUAUCGUAGCGAGCCAGUUACCACGAAAUUGGAGAGAUUUUAUCGAUCCUGAGAUUUUGGCAAACAGCAAUGAUGAAUUCACCCGAUAUGACAGCGACUUGCCCGAAGGAGACAUUCUCGGUUUGCAGACAUUUGAGCUUCCCAAUGAAGCGAAGAAUGCCAUUAACGAUGCCGACUCCUUCUGGCCAAACAACACGAUACCGUAUGAAUUCUCAAAAACGCAGUACGCAUUAAUGAGAGCAAAUGAAGUACGAAUAAUAUUGGAAUCUAUGCAAAUCAUCAGUCACCUUUCCGCAAACUGCGUCAACUUCGUGAAGCGGACCAAUGAGGAGGACUACAUUAGCAUUCAGAGAGGACUAAGGUGUGCGUCUAAUAUCGGCCGCAUUAGAGGCAAACAAGAGACUCUGGCAACUGGCAAACGAUAAAAGGUGGCAGAUGCCGCAUAAAAUAUGGCACCACGUGUAAGCGGGUUCGGAGAGUUUGGUGAACUGUAUUUCCUCGAUACUCUUACCAGAACACAGUCAAUUUUCCUGGAGAGUGUUAACCGCAGGCGCCGUGCACUUAAUGCGUAGGUGUGCGAUGGUAUGUUACAAAAUUUCAAAAGGUCAACUUUGCACCUUGCUGUUCGCAAAGUACCGCAAUAAAAAGACUGAAAAGCCGCGAUAGAAACACAAUCGCGACACGUCCUGAAGGCGCUACACUGGAAAGAGCAUGCCUGCU